GCUGCGAGCAUUGCUUCGAAACUGCCGGCAGAUCACUAGCUAGCCAGUGAACUCCGACCGGCAGGCACCAACCAAUUAAAUUACCACCCCAAAUCAAGGUCUUAACCAAGCUCCAAGCUAGCUACUCCACCUGCCUACCUCUUAACAUUCGAAGAAAUUAACAAGGUAACAGCAUAGCUGAUUCUGAUAUUGCUUGCCAUGGAGAAACCCAAGAAAUCAAACUUCCCAGCACACAGACGACCCGGGUCGAUCUCACGGGACGUCAAGAAGUCGUCUUCCUCGCUCAACAUGUCCACGUCUUCUCUCCCGAGCAUCAGCGAGGACAUGGACACCACUGCCAGGAGACCGGCCGUCGUCAGGUUUGCUCCUACACCGACGGCAAGGAGGAAUUCGAUUCCGUCGUCGCAACAGGCGCCUGCAAGUGCGGCUGCACCGCGGCCGGCUUCGUCUUGUGGACAGAGGCCGAGCAGGUCGUCUGCUGCUGCGAGGAGCUUGCCGCUGCCGGAGCACUCUGGACCGAAGGCGCUGAGGAGGAGCUGGGGCUGGACGGGGAGCGCUGGUGAUCACAAGGAGGAGACGGAGAACGGUGAUCUGAGGAGCGAGGGGACAGCGAGCUCGGUUCCAAGAAGAAUGGCGGAGGAGAAACCACUGCAGAGAAGAGAGAGCAAGGAGAAGAUCACCUCUAGGACUAAGUCGAGAUCAUCAAAUCUGUCUCCAAAACCAGAUGUUCCCCUCAAGCCCCGCAGCGCACAGAGGAGCUCCAGUGAUGCAGGCAAAUCUAGUGAGAAGGAUCCUCCCAGCAGCACUGUAUCACUGGACAACAUGGUCAGGGUUCCCCCUCCCAGUAAAACAUCAUCGUCAACGCCAGGCGCCUCGUGGGAAUCGCUUCCGUCAGACCUCAAGACUCUCGGAUCGGUACAAUUUGUUUAUAAACUUUAAUUUAUACUCCGUAUGUAAUUCUGCACAUUGCGAUGGGGUUAUGCAGCCUCGGAAUUAUGGCUUGUUAAGUUGGCAAGUUUUGAUGCACCGUAGGAAGUGAUGAAUUAUAAGGAUGCUGCAGAGAUGGCUGCUGUUGAGGCCAUGCAGGAAGCUUCUGCUGCGGAGAUUGUGCUCAGGUGUCUCAGGUGAAGUGCUCUUCAGUCUUCACUCAUCCAUAAAAUAAAACCUGUGUUCAUCAAAAAUCAAAAUAAAAUUAAACAACAAUUUGCUCAUCAGAAAACAAUGCCCAGAACAGAGAGGACUGAAAAUUUCACUACUGUCCUGAUGAAUUUGCUAUGCACGUUCAGUGCCUUCGCAGAUCUAACCGCCUCCGCCGCCCAGCAUCCGCCGCAGCAUACCGUGGACGAGUUCCUCGCGCUCCAAGCCGCCAUCACCCGCUCCGCCGCCGUCCUCGGCAACCACCAGCAGCGCCGAUCUGGCGGCCACGCCGGCGACUGGCUGCGCGCGGCAGUCAGCGCCGACCUGGCCCCCUUUUCCCUCUACAGGAAGAAAAAUCAACAGAGCGCCGAAGAAGAACCACCUGCUGCCUGCUUCCCCUCGGCAAAUCCGCUGGCGGCGGGAGAAGAAGCCGCCGUCGCCGGGGAGGCGGAGGAGGAGGAGAUGGAGAUCACCUGGCUGGAGGCAGCGGCGAGGCGGCUAGGGGAGGAGAUGAGCGCGUGGUUCGCGGGGCACGUGGAGGGGCUGGUCGACGGCGACGUGGCCGGGACGCUGGGGCAGCUCAAGAGGGUCAACGACUGGCUGGAUACGGAUGGCGCGGGCCCGCGGCGGUCCGAGGCCGCCGAGCGGCUGAGGAAGAAGAUCUUCGGGUACCUGCUGGAUCACGUCGAGUCGGCGGUGGUCGCGUUGAACGGCGGCGCUGCUCCCAAUCGGGGGAAAUCGAACCGUAGCGUGUACUCUGUGCCAUGAAAUAUUUUAUUUUAUACUCUGUAUUUAUGACUAACCGAAAUGUUCCUGCGUUGCCACGGCUGGAGCUUUCCGUUUCACAUGUUUGAAGAGAUAGCGUUCCUACGGACAA